GCUGCGGUGGUACGUCGCGAGCCACGAGCGGGCGAGUGCAGCGGCCUCUGUCCGGACCAGGACAUCUGUACAGAGCUGGCAGAGCAGCCGGGACGAGUUGACUGAUGCUGGCGAGCAACGCAGCGUUUUUGUGCAUCUGGCUGGGAUGCCUGUGUAGUUCGGAGCGUUCCCACCGGUUAGAGACGAUACGGGUGUAGUUUUAUUUGAGUAGUCCUCGCUGGAUUCGGGGCCUGGCCCGUGGAUCCGCAAAGUAAGCGGCGAGCGUAGUGCCGGCGCGGCGUACGAAGGCACCCGCAGAGGGACGGUCGUGUGGUUGGGUUACAACGGCGAUGUACUUGGCCAAGCGCCAGCCGGGCCGGUCGUAGCGAUGAGCUGCCUCCUCCGUCCGCUGGUGGCGCUCCUGGCGCUGUCGGUCGCCUCAGGCGAUGACCCCGUGGUGACCCAGGUGGACCUGAGCGGGGAGGUCAGUCGUCUGACCCACCUGCGGGUCAGUCCGGACUCGGGACACGUCUAUGUGGCCGGGGUCAACCGGAUCUAUCAGCUGUCGUCAGCGCUGGCCCGACUGCAGGAGGUGACCACCGGACCCCAGCAGGACAGUCCGCAGUGUCCCGCUUCCGGGUGCGCUGAAGGCGUAGAGACGUCACCCACAGACAACGUGAACAAAGUGCUCGUGGUGGACCAGGAGGCGAGGACACUACUGGCUUGCGGAUCCGUGCGGCAGGGAGCGUGCGUCAGGUACGAACUGGCGAACAUAACGCAGCCCAGUCAACGGUUGCCGCGUGCCAUAGCUGCCAAUGACGCCAACUCGUCGACGGUAGCCUUCAUCGGACCGGAACACUACAAUCCGUGGGGCAACACAAACGUGCUGUACGUGGCCACCACCUUCACACUGGUGGGCAACUACCGCAACAACGUGCCGGCCAUCUCCACGCGUAACCUCCAUGACCUGGACUUUGCCGAGCGUUCCUUCAACAAGCACUCUAUGAUGACCAUCGACGUCAAGUACCGGGACCACUUUCUGGUGGACUACGUGUACGGCUUCCACGAGGGUGACUACGCCUAUUUCCUGACGGUGCAGAGACGCUCCCAUCUGCCCGGUCAGCAGGAACAAGGCUACGUCUCCAGGAUCGUGCGCACCUGUGUCACGGACGCCAACUACGACAGUUACGUGGAGAUGACGCUGAGCUGUGGUGGCGACAACCUGCUUCAGGCGGCGCGUGUGGCAGAGGCCGGCCAGGACCUGACCUGGGACGCUGGCGUUCUGGACCGUGACCGAGUGCUGGUGGUGGCCUUCUCGCCCAGUCAGGGCUUCACUAACGAGCCCCGAGAGCGGUCGAGCGUGUGCGUGUUCUCCAUGAAGGAAGUCGAACAACAGUUCAACGAGAACAUCCACAUGUGCUUCAACGGAUCGAUGCAGUACCGCAACAUGGAGUACAUCUCAGGUCCCGUCCUCAACGGACAAUGUCCGAAAGCCGGGACGACUGGCAACAUCCUGCACUUCUGCUCUGUGGGUCUGAAGAUCUCGGCCCUGCAGCCGCUCACAGCUGACCCGGUCAUCUCAUUUGACCAGCGGGUGACCAGUGUGGCCGUGACCUCUACAGGUCACCACACCGUGGCGCUGCUGGGCACCGACCGCGGAUAUGUUAAGAAGUGCGAGAGAUUUCCGUCGCGCGCGUUCUCCCCCAUUACCGGACGUCUUUCACUCGGAUCAUCCGCCAGGAGCAAUCCGUACCAGUCCAACUGCUACCGCCGAUGGUCGCAAGUGGAGGUGGAGCCCGUCAUGUUUGACGAGGAAACCGGCGCCAGCAGCCCCACUGGGGAGCGCUUCACCCUCCCCGGGUGCCACCGGAUCUGCCUGCAGCUGCAGAUAGUGCGCGCGUGCGGCUGCCACCACACCCUGUACCCGCUGACAUUCACCGCGAAGGGCAGGCGGCAGGCCAUAGGAGAGGCGUGCGACCUCAGCUAUAACUCACUGGACAACAACUGCACGGAAGCGGUAGUGAAUAGUAUGAGCACAGACGCCAGCUCUACGGACUGUGGAUGUUCGGCCUCCUGCGAUGAACGGGAUCAUCAGCCGCAGUUGUCCGUCGCCUCGUGGCCACAGGGCAACUUCCUCACCUCAAUUCUUGAGAGGAUCGCCUUCGCGUCCACCAGCGACAGCCUGAGCGAAGAGGCAAUGUUGCAGUGGGCGCUCCAGUUCUCGAAGCUGAACGUCUACUACCGAGACAUCAGCAGUGAUGUUAUCGAGGAGAGUCCGAUCUAUACGUACACCACUUUGAUCGGCAGUCUGGGUGGUGCUCUUUCUCUCUACCUCGGCAUUGCACUGAUCCUGCUGGUAGAAAUACUGGAGUACCUAUUCUUCAUGGCCGUCAACACGCUCCUGUUUAUGUGCGGACGCCGUGAGGACACGGGGCAGAAAAAUAGCACAGGCAAGUGA